AGCAAGCGGAAGCCACUCUCUAACAGUCCUGUUACCCAGACAGAAAAUGAGUGGAAUUCGCAUCUAAUUGUCGCUUUUGGCUGCUGGGAAUCAUCUGUCACAUCUGUUUGAACGUGGCGUUAGCAUAACAAUAAAAUUCAAAGGUGUGGCGACAUGGACGUCAGCAUCGCUGUCUCGUUGAUCCGAGGCCAGAUGGGCGCCGUUGUGGAGCGGGCGGUGAACGGAGCCGUGGAGACGGUGCUGGCCGAGAUGCUAAAGGUGGUGGGGGUGAAAUUCGAGGAGCUGAAGGCACAGCUUGCGCACAUGAAGCGCGACGUGGCGACGCUGCAGCGAGAGAAGGCCCUGAAGGAAAAGGAGAAUGACAAUGUCCGAGCCAAGCUGCGCUACACCGAGCUGAAACUGAAGUACUACAGGCAGGGCGUAGAGGAGGAACUGCAGCACCGAGCCUCCAGCACCUCUGUGGUACGGAGCCACCAGACCAAAUGUUCUCCGGAACAGGCAGCUGGUGCCAGUGUCUCCUCAACAGGAGCUUCACCGUCGUGCUCCUCUCAGACCUCCACAGCCACAGCAGAGGAUCCACCGACAAGCAAUCAAGAAUCUCCUCAGUACAUAAAUCAGCAUUGCAUCAGCUCAUGCGGCCAGUCAGACGUGGAAGUGGUUAGUUGUGAACCCACGGACUGCGUGUUGGCGGUCUCAGUCCCCAUGAGCACAGAAUGUCUGGAAAAUUCUGCUCUGCUCUGUCACACGGACCAAGAUGUUGCUCUGCGCACUGGCGACGGAGAUCAGGAGGGCAACUGGAAUGCCACUGUGCAUCCAUGCAUGGAUGGCACUGACACCAUUAUGUCCCCGCCUCCUCUCCCAACCCACGACGCUGACCAGCAGUCUGCCACCUCCCGUCCAUCCCCUCAUGGCUCACAACAGGCGGAUAGCUCGACCCUGGCCAUCUCGACAACACAGGUGAAAAUGGAAGAGGAGGAUCACCAGGUGAUCUGCAUCAAGGGGGAGCCGGAGGAGGAGCAGGAAGUGAUGUCGUGCCUACUACUUGACAGUCAGAUGAACCGCAACCACCUGGUCCAGUCAGAGGUUGCGAUGUCUGCGACCGAGUGGUCAGGGCUUCAGGCCAGUCAGAGAAAAUGCUCCUCUGGCUUCAGCUCAGCUGGACCAAGCUCCUCCUAUGCCACGCCUCAGACAGCCUUUCCCGCCAUUGCCCCGCUGCCUCCAGGCACAGCACGCCAGAUGAUGCACGAUCCAUGGACCAAAGACUUCAGGUUGUACGAAGAGUACAAAAUGCGGCGCAACGAGUUACGCCGGCGAAGCCUCAAUCGACGGCGAGAGCUGGAAAAAACGCUGCCUCAGCCUCUGCUGGCUGAUCUGGUCAGUACGGGAGCGGCGAGAAAAGACCAGACUGAGGGUGGCCAGAUGGCGGGCAAAGAGGAAACUGCAGGCUUGUCUCAACCAAGUUCAGACACAAGGUGGCGCAGUGGCUCUUUCCCAGGAUGGUUUCCCCAUCAGUGGUCCUCACCAACACAAAGCACCUUGUGCGUCCACUUCCGGUCCUCUCAACAACGCGGUCAUCUCUGCGAUCACCACCUUCCCCUUCGUCACGCCGCCAUCGUCGUCUUCCCUGUUUCUGAGGGGCCCCAAUAUGGCCGCCCAGGUCAAUCAGCAUGCGUUGUCAUCGCCGCGUUCUGCUUCCUACCCGCAGGUCAGCCUAACACAGCAGAGCAUGUCUUUGACGGACGCCAAUGUCGACUCAUGAGAAUCCAGGCUGGACUCCCAUUGUUUUCCUGGCAUUGGCACCACUGUUGCAAGUUUUUUCUCCACAGCUUACCCUCCACUCCAGAUAAGCAAAAUUGCACUGAUUAGCUGUAGUAAGACUUGCCAGUUGAUUACGAUUGGACUCAUCUACAGCUACGUGGCAGCUUGUUUGUGCAGUCACAAUUGAGACAGUGCGGUGAAAGGUGUGUGCAGCUCCCAAUAAGUCAGUCGUAUCAAUAUCUGCAAACAGAAGGCUAGCAUAGUAGGAAUUAAGAGGAUUUGUGCUGGCUUUUCUCUUAACCUUCUAACCGUGCGCAUACCGUUGUAAGUUCUAUUUCGUUUUGUUUUUUUUAGUUUUCAAAGCUUGUAACUAUUCCAUCUUAGCGUUUUAUUUACAUAGGUAUAUAUUUCCUUUGUUCAAAAAUUUGUUAAAAACAGCUGUCAGACCUAACUCAACAAAAAUUGGCUUCCCCAUUGACGAGUGAAAUAAGUAGUAAAGCUUUAAAAUGGGGUACAGCUUAGUUUAAAAACUACAGGGAAUAUAUAUCAUUUUAAAAUGAAGUAAAUUUAAGUUACAAACAGUCCAUGGUAUAAAUAUGGUUUUAAAAAGGAAUUAACUGCAUGAAUACAGAUUAGAAGAAUCCAUCCAUUUUCUACCGCUUAUCCGUGGUCGGGUCACGGGGGCAGUAGCUUUAGCAGGGACGCCCAGACUUCCCUCUCCCCAGCCACUUCAUACAGCUCUUCCGGGGUCAGCCGAAGGACGUAGUCUCUCCAGGGUCUCCUCCCGGUGGGACGUGCCCGGAACACCUCACCGGGGAAGCGUCCAAAUCAGAUGCCCCAGCCACCUCAUCUGGCUCCUCGAUGUGAAGGAGCAGCGGCUCUACUCUCAGAUCCUCCCAGAUGACCGAGCUUCUCACCCUAUCUCUAAGGGAGAGCCCGGACACUCUGCGGAGGAAACUCCUUUCGGCCGCUUGUAUCCUGGAUGUUGUUCUUUCGGUCACGACCCACAGCUCGUGACCAUAGGUGAGGGUAGGACGUAGAUCGACCGGUAAAUCGAGAGCUUCGCCUUUCGGCUUAGCUCCUUUCCCACAACUUAUUGGUCCAAAGUCUGCAUCACUGCAGACGCUGCACCGAGCCGCCUGCCAAUCUCCCGUUCCAUUCUUCCCUCACUCGUGAACAAGAUCCCAAGAUACUUGAACUCCUCCACUUGGGGCAGAAUCUCAUUCCCGACCUGGAGAGGCCAUGCCACCCUUUUCCGACUGAGGACCAUGGUCUCAGAUUUGGAGGUUCUGAUUCUCAUCCCAGCCGCUUCACACUCUGCUGCAAACUGCUCCAGUGAGAAUUGGAGGUCACGGCUUGAUGAAGCCAACAGAACCACAUCAUCAGCUAAAAGCAGAGAUGCAAUACUGAGGCCACCAAACCGGACCCCCUCUACGCGUCGGCUACGCCUAGAAAUUCUGUCCAUAAAAGUUAUGAACAGAAUCGUGACAAAGGGCAGCCUUGGCGGAGUCCAACCCUCACCGGAAACGAGUCCGACUUACUGCCGGAUAUGCGGACCAAACUCUGACUCCGGUCGUACAGUGACCGAACAGCCCGUAUACUCCCCAAGCACCCCCCACAGGACCCACCGAGGGACACGGUUGAACGCCUUCUCCGAGUCCACAAAUCACAUGUAGACUGGUUGGACCAGGACCCUGCCAAGGGUGUAGAGCUGGUCCACUGUUCCACGGCAAGGAUGAAAACCACACUGCUCCUCCUGAAUCUGAGAUUCAACUUCCCAACGGACCCUCCUAUCCAGCACCUCUGAAUAGACCUUACCAGGGAGGCUGAGGAGUGUGAUCCCCCUGUAGUUGGAACACACCCUCCGGUGCCCCUUCUUAAAAAGGGGGACCACCACCCCAGCCUGCCAAUCCAGAGGCACUGUCCCCGCGAUGUUGCAGAGGCGUGUCAACCAGGACAGCCCUACAACAUCCAGAGCUUUGAGGAACUCCGGGCGAAUCUCAUCCACCCCCGGGGCCUUGCCACCAAGGAGCUUUUUAACUACCUCGGUGACCUCAACCCCAGAGAUAGGAGAGCCUGCCUCAGAGAACCCAGACUAUGCUCCCUCAUGGGAAGGCGUGUUGGUGGAAUUGAGGAUUCUCCCCACCGGCUCACAACGUCCCGAGUCAAGGUCAGGAGCGCCCCAUCCCCACUAUACACAGUGUUGAUUGUGCACUGCUUCCCCCUCCUCGGAUGCAGGAUAGUGGACCAGAAUUUCCUCGAAGCUGUCCGGAAGUCAUUCUCCAUGGCCUCUCCGAACUCCUCCCAUGCCCGGGUUUUUGCUUCAGCGACCACCAAAGCUGCAUUCCGCUUGGCCAGCCGGUACCCAUCAGCUGCCUCAGGAGUCCCACAUGACAAAAAGGCCCAAUAGGACUCCUUCAGCUUGACGGCAUCCCUCACCGUUGGUGUCCACCAACGGGUUCGGGGAUUGCCGCCACGACAGGCACCAACCACCUUACGGCUACAGCUCCGGUCGGCCUCCUUAGCAAUGGAGGCGCGAAACAUGGUCCACUCGGACUCGAUGUCCCCCACCUCCCCCGGAACAUGAGCAAAGUUCUGUCGGAGGUGGGAGUUGAAACUCCUUCUGACAGGGGAUUCCGCCAGACGUUCCCAGCAGGCCCUCACAAUACGUUUGGGCCGGCCACGUCGGACCGGCAUCUUCCCCCACCAUCGGAGCCAACUCACCACCCAGGUGGUAAUCAGUUGACAGCUCCGCCGCUCUCUUUACCCGAGUGUCCUAGAGAUGCGGCCGCAAGUCCGAUGACACGACCACAAAGUCGAUCAUCGAACUGCGACAGAGGGUGUCCUGGUGCCAAGUGCAUGUGUGGACACCCUUAUGCUUGAACAUAGUGUUCGUUAUGGACAAUCCGUGAUGAGCACAGAAGUCCAAUAACAACACCGCUCGGGUUCUGAUCGGGGGGUCCGUUCCUCCCAAUCACGCCCUUUCAGGUCUCACUGUCAUUGCCCACGUGAGCAUUGAAGUCCCCCAGCAGAACGAUGGAGUCCCCAGCGGGAGCGCUCUCCAGCGCCCCCUUCAAGUGAGCCCUUGGGAAGGGGGACCCACUCUGAACUGCUGUUUGGUGCAUAGGCACACACAACAGCAAGGACCCGUCCCCCCACCCGAAGGCGGAGGGAGUCUACCCUCUCGUCCACCGGGGUGAAUCCCAACGUACAGGCGCAGAGCCGGGGAGCAAUAAUUGUACCCACACCUGCUCAGCGCCUCUCACCGUGGGCAACUCCAGAGUGGAAGAGAGUCCAACCCCUCUCAAGAGGACUGGUAUCAGAGCCCAAGCUGUGCUUGGAGGCGAGUCCGACUAUAUCUAGUCGGAACUUCUCGAUCUCACACACCAGCUCGGGCUCCUUCCCUACCAGAGAGGUGACAUUCCACGUCCCUAGAGCCAGCUUCUGGAGCCGGGGAUCAGAUCGCCAAGGUCCCCGCCUUCGCCCACCGCCUUCGCCCACCGCCCCCGACCUCUAUGGCCCCUCCCACAGGUGGUGAGCCCUUGGGAAGGGGGACCCACGUUGCCCGGCCGGGCCCCAUGGGUGCAGGCCCGGCCACCAGGCGCUCGCCUUCGAGCCCCACCUCCAGAGGGGGGCCCCGGUGACCCGCUUCCGGGCAAGGGAAACCUGAAUCCAUUUAUUGUAUUUGUUAUAGGGGUUUUUGGAGCCGUGCUUUGUCUGGUCCCUCACCUGGGACCUGUUUGCCAUGGGUGACCCUGCCAGGGGCAUAAAGCCCCAGACAACUUAGCUCCUAGGAUCAUUGGGACACACAAACCCCUCCACCACGAUAAGGUGAUUAGAAGAAUCAUUACAUAAAAUUAUCAAAUGUCAUAUAUGACCUUAUAGAAUGGAUUGUCACAUCACACACUUCUGGACACACCCACCAUUUUGGAGGUUGACGCAAUGGUGAAUUAUUGCGCGGUGUUAAGCUGCAACAGAGGUAGGAGGGACAAAGUCUUCACCGGUGCCUAUUUCGAACAGAACAUUUAACAAGGAAAACACCGAGAUUGUUGGCUGUUUCGUAAAAUCAAAGAAUUUUACACCGCCUUUACUGAGCCUUUGUUUGAAUACGCCUUCAGGUCAAGGUGAGAUGAAAAGAUGCUUCCUUUGUAACAUGGGAAAAGACAGCACUGUUUAAAAUGAAUUUGAUUCCACUUUUCCUAACAGAUGUACAGUAAGUCUCCAGCAUGAAACAAGUUUCUGAAGAUGGACGCUCCUUCGAUCCAUGUGUGCUUGUCGUAUAUAUAUUUCAAUCAGGUUGAAAGUGAAAGUUAUAUAUGUUGUUUUAGUGCUUCAGUUAGUGUUACAGCCAUUGGUAACUGCAACAUUACAAAAUACAUACAUUGGUUUGGUGCCUACCUAUUGUCAUGAAAAGGAGUGGCUGAGCUAUCCUAAGCUAUCCUAAACAAAGAGUAAGAGUAAAGAGUAAACAUCAGAAAGUCACAUAUUGGCACUGACAGGUGGAAACCCCCAAUGACAAAUUUUGUCUAAUAUUUCUUCAUAAAUCUAUAGUAUUGGACAAUCCCCAUGUGGGUCUGUUAUGUAUUUUUUUUUGUAAAUAAAUUAUUGAUCCAUCUAAAGUGUUAAAAAUGUCUCUCUUGCGAUGCAAUGUGAACAACUCAACUAAUCAUGCUGUUUUGGGGAGUUUCCUGAAAAGUGAAGGAUUUGGCCUGACGCCAGCUAUAUGUUGUUUUUGGUGCCUAUCUGUUUUCAGUGUGGGUUGGUGAAGGAGAGGAAUUAACUUUGUGCACUGUGAAAGGCGCUUAAUGAAGUUCGGUCCAUUUUCCGUCAUUAAUUUAUGGGGGCAGGUCUGCAACAUCCAAUAUGGCGGACACUGCUGUAUUGCAGCAAUGGGCCAACCUGCUCAAUGAAGCAUCUAUUUAUAUGUCCAUGAUUGACUGACUACACAGUUGGCGAAAUGCCCAAUCAAUAAAUCAAUUAAAAUAUUUUUUAUACCCAUCCUUGAUAAUGAUGUACCUAUUUUCUUAACUUUGUGUCUUUAGUGCAUCAAGAACCUCAUUGUAUUGUUCUGCUAUUAUCAGCUGCACACACAGACUGUAAAACAUAUUUUUUAACACUACAUGUACAAACUAACCUUCCUGUAUUGAAACUGCUUAUUUGUAGUGUGUUGAUUUGAUCUGAUUAAAAUGUGUC